AUGUCUGACGCUGGAAGAAAAAACAUUUCUACUAAAAUCAAUGAAGCUAUAACCCCUGACUCUAACAAGUCUACUUUGGAAAAGGGCAAGGAACAAGUCACAAGUACCAUUGACAAAGCUGUCGGCUCAAACGUGCCAGAUAACCAAAAGUCUUUUACUCAAACAGUUGCAGACAAUGUGCAAAAAGGUGCCGAUAAUGCCAAAGCUGAUUUGAAAAAGCAAUCGGAACAGGCAGAAGGGGAAACCAAAACCCUUGCUGAGACAGCUCAAGAAUAUGUUGAAGUUGCCAAAACUGAAAUUGGAAAAGCUGCUGAAUACGUGAGUGGAGUUGUCACCGGUGCUACAGAAGGUGCUAAAACCGGCGCUGAUAGUACAAAAAAAUAA